AUCCAUCGCGAAGUCCGCGACUUCUUCGGACUCAACUUUAGCUGGUUUUCCUUUUUCCACAAGUCUUUGUUCCUCGCCCAGCUUCACCACCCGGAAGAGCGCUUGCGCAUACAACCUUCCUUGAUCCUGGCCAUGUUUUCUAUCACGACGCUCGCCAAGUCCGGACGAGAGGAGCCAGGCGGACCAGAUCGCAAGCGUGCGCUCGUGUAUGCCGACGCCGCUCAGUCGAUGUUGCAGCAGUCAAUCAUCUCGCAGAGCAUGGAUCCCACGAUGGCUCAGGCUGCUCUCAUCUUGACGGCCUUUGAAGCAUAUCCACAUACCCAUCACGCAUCACACCGAUUCGCCAACGCUUUACAGAACCUCGACACCAUCAUCCAAAGCUUCCAACUGCUGGCAAUGGACGUAAAUGACGAAAGAGCCUCAAUCUUUAUACCCAACCAGCUGCCCUUGCUGGCCAACGACUCUGAAGACGUCUUGCCUGUGAGACCCAUCAAGGCGGACACCAGCUCGACCGAUUCCAGCCCUCAAGGACAGGUGACCAGCAGGUGGGCACCAGAGCCUGCCUGGCCUGUGGAGUGGAGUGUCGGUCAGAUUCGCCAGGACGAGAUGCGACGAAUGGUCUGGACGGCUUCGUCGAUGGCUGGGCAUCUCAGUCAAUUCAGGAACAUGACUGGUGAACAACCGCUCGAGCUUUACAUGACCAAACCUGAAAACUAUGCCAUUUUCUUUACUGCCGAGGUCUUGCUAGUGGACACGGACCCCGAAUCUGCCAAGGCCACAAUCUGGGCUUUAUUCAACCGAGUCACACUUCUUUGGCACUAUAUCAACCGUGUCAGACGGUCGGGAUCUCUUAGCCCAGGGGACAAGCUUGCUCUCGCGACCGAGAUAUGGCGCGAAGCCGAUCGAAUCGAAAAGGCCAUGUUUUCGGUCGAGAUGGAUGGCGGAAGUUCGAUGAAAUGGCAGGCGAACGACUGGCUCUUGAACUUGAGACUCCUGGCGACCGACAACUUCAGGAUGUUGCCGCAGAUGUUCGGGGAGAACGGCAAAAAGGUCGGGAAGGAGUAUGCUAAACGGUGGCUUUCGAGCCAGGCGGCCGUCGCUCAAUUCCUCAUGUCCCCAGGUGGGAUCGGAGAGAAGCAAGACGUUGCGUUCAUCGAACCUCGAAGUUAUUUCGUGUGGAGCCUGAUGUCACAAGCGUAUACUGCCAUUGAUCUUUAUCGUCAAGAUUCGUCCACUUCUGAAGCCCUCAAGGUUGCUGGCGAACUGAUGCGCAGUAUCGAGAGGGUCGCUGAAUCAUGGCCAACCGAGAGUAAGUCUGUUGUCAUAGGGAUAUCUUUAGACCUUCUGCAUGCUGACUUGUAUCGUGCUGCUCCUAUGUAG